ACGACAGCGGUAGCACCAUUUUAGGGAGAGGCGUCGUUAAACCGUGUCUUUAGCGUUUUCCCUCCGUCCACCCCGGCUGUUUAGAUCGGUCGCGAACACAACUUAGUGUCCGUUUCAGUCGAAGAAUAUUAGACACUGUGCACGGCCUCCGUGCUGCUCACACAGCUGCUCAAAAGCUAGCACUAGCACUAGCCAGCUGGCUUUUCUGUCGACCGACGCUAACAUUUCACAGAGCUGGAGAAUCCAAGUCUUGUCAAAAUGAAUGCAGCCACCUCUCAAAAGGUUGUCCUGAAAAGCACCACCAAAGUGUCCCUGAAUGAACGCUUCACUAACAUGCUGAAGAACAAGCAGCCCACUGCGGUAAGCAUAAGAGCCACCAUGCAACAGCAGCAUUUGGCCAGUGCCCGCAAUCGUCGGCUGGCCCAGCAGAUGGAGAACAGGCCGUCAGUGCAAGCUGCUCUGAGCCACAAGCAGAGUCUGAAGCAGCGUCUGGGGAAGAGCAACAUCCAGGCCAGGCUGGGUCGCCCGGUCGGAGCUCUGAUGCGUGGAGGACCCGUCGGUGGCAGAGGAGCGAUGAGGGGGAUGAUCAGGGGAAACCUCAGAGGACGAGCUAGAGGAGGAUUAAUGAGGGGCGCCUUGUCCCUAAGAGGGAAACGAGUCCCUACAGGUUCCCCCAUGCGAGGCCGUGGCUCUGCUGGCCGCUUGGCUAUGCGUAGAGGAGGAAGGCAACGUGGUGGAGUUGCUGGCAGAGGAGGGGCUCUAUCCCGAGGAUCGCUACGAGGAGUACCCAGGGGUCGGGGUGGACUGCGUGGGCGUGGUGGUUUCGCCGGCCGAGGUGGUUUCGCCGGCCGAGGUGGUCGGGGUCGGGGCCGAGGUAUCGGCCGGCCCGUUGUGACCCGUGAGCAAUUGGACAACCAGCUGGAUGCCUACAUGUCAAAGACCAAAGGUCACUUGGAUGCAGAACUGGAUGCCUACAUGGCUCAGGCAGACCCAGACAGUAUGGAGUGAUCCUGAAGGACAUGUGGUGUCACUGCAGAACUGUUGAGCUUGAACUUACACAUUCAGUGUAGUGUUGGAUGUGCCGAGAAAAGGUUGUGUUCAUAAUUUAGAUGAGUGUCAGUCCAGGACUCUGAAGGAAAUCCGAGUGUGCUCCGCCCACUAGUCAAUUCAAUCAACCUGCUCCUGCAAAGCUUGUCAUUCGGGAAUAACUGUGUGAAGGGACCUUUUUAAACAUUAACAAAACCCUGCUGUCUUUACACUUGUUACACUUAAAUGUAUGUCAUGAAGCAAUUUUUUUUUUUAUAAUUAGCACAGUUAUGUUUAAUUGUUAAAGCUGGUUCAUGAGGUGUGAUAAUGUCCUGUCAAUGCGAUUUUGAAUUUCACCUUUUACAAAAAAAACAACCUUUUUUAUCUUUUUAUUUUUAGUGUUUUACAGAGACCUUCGGGAGUUUAUUAAUUUGGCUUUUGUUAAGAAUAUCCGCAAUGCAAAACGUUGCAAUAAUUAGUUGUUGAAAAGAAUGUAAGCAAAAUGUCUUCAAGCCAAGUAUCCAUUUGUCUUUAUUUUGUAUUUGAAUGAUGUAGUACAUUGAUGUUGUUCCUUCAUAUUUUCCACAUGUCAACAUUCUUCAGUGGAGUGUUGGCAUUCUGAACUUGUACUGAAAAACAUUUGUAUGACAUUACCCAAAGCAAGUAAAAGAGGUUUUAAUUAAAA